CAACAAAGCCUCCGACUUUGAAGAAAAUCUGCUAAAUGGCCAUCAGAGCAGCAGCUACUUCCGCACCGACCGCUCGCAGUAGCUCUGCCCUCUCGCUGCCGCCUCCCAUUUCGUCUUCCUCCUCCUACUCUUCCGCUCAGCUGAGCUUCGGGCGCGCCAAAUCCACAACUCGACCCCGCACCACUGUGGGGUGCGCUAUCUCCUGCACCAUGACCAGAGAGGCGGCGGCUGUUACCUCGACGGAGAAGGAUGAUUCCGACCCGGCUCUGUGGAGUCGACCCGACUCGUUCGGCCGGUUCGGCAAGUUCGGCGGCAAGUACGUCCCCGAGACUCUCAUGUAUGCUCUCACUGAGCUCGAAUCCGCCUUCAAUUCCGUCAAGAACGACCCUGAUUUCCAGGCAAAACUGGGCGGUAUUUUGAAAGACUAUGUCGGAAGGGAGACUCCUCUUUACUUCGCUGAACGGCUCACCGAUCAUUACAGGCGUCCGAAUGGUGAAGGGCCACACAUUUACCUGAAGAGGGAGGAUCUGAACCACACUGGCGCUCACAAGAUCAACAAUGCCAUUGGCCAAGUUCUGCUGGCGAAGAGGUUGGGCAAGAAGCGGAUCAUUGCAGAGACUGGAGCUGGUCAGCACGGGGUUGCCACUGCUACUGUCUGUGCAAGGUUUGGGUUGGAAUGUAUCAUCUAUAUGGGCGCGCAGGAUAUGGAGAGACAAUCCCUUAAUGUGUUUAGGAUGCGGCUUCUGGGAGCUGAGGUGAGAGGGGUUCAUUCUGGGACGGCCACUCUUAAAGAUGCUACAUCAGAAGCUAUAAGGGAUUGGGUGACCAACGUGGAGUCGACUCAUUAUAUUCUAGGUUCUGUUGCUGGUCCGCAUCCGUAUCCAAUGAUGGUGAGGGAGUUCCACAAGGUAAUUGGUGAGGAAACUAGAAGGCAAGCAAUGGAAAAAUGGGGUGGGAAGCCAGACAUCCUUGUCGCGUGCGUUGGUGGUGGUUCGAAUGCGAUGGGAUUGUUUGAGGAUUUUGUCAAGGACAAAGAUGUUAGGUUGAUUGGCGUGGAGGCUGCAGGUUUAGGUCUGGAUAGCGGUAAGCAUGCUGCAACUCUGACUAAAGGAGAAGUUGGUGUAUUGCAUGGAGCUAUGAGCUAUUUGUUACAAGAUGAUGAUGGGCAAAUCAUUGAGCCUCACUCCAUUAGUGCUGGGGUUGGAUUACCCUGGAGUUGGACCUGAGCAUAGCUUUCUGAAAGAGAAAGGCCGUGCUGAAUACUAUUGUGUCACUGAUGAGGAGGCACUAGAAGCAUUUAAGAGAGUAUCAAGACUUGAAGGCAUAAUCCCGGCUCUGGAGACAUCUCAUGCUUUGGCUUACCUUGAGAAGCUUUGCCCAACCCUCCCUGAUAAAACUAAGGUCGUACUGAACUGCAGCGGCCGAGGGGACAAGGAUGUUCAGACUGCCAUCAAGUACUUGAAAGUCUGAACAGUAAAGCUUAGAUGAACUGCCUCUGCAGAUUUUCCUUCUCUUUCGACAUACGGGAACAAUAAGCAAAAUACUAAUAGGUGGUGAGUUCCAACUUGGUGGUGUAAGCUGAAGGCUCUUCUGACAAACUCUGGUACCAGAAAGGCAUUUUGUCAAUUAGUCUAUCUAUGUAUGAUCUCAGUCGAGCUAAUAAUAAGUAUGCUUGUUGCAUUUUCUUUCUUGAAACAUUAGCCUUAGAAGCUUCGUUGAAGAAUCAUGGAAUGUACUCAAGAUUGCAUGCAUCUCUUACACUACCACUGGAAUGUAUUGUUAAGAGUAGUGGGAAAGCAAAUAUAGUACGAGCAAAUUUCCAACCA